AUGAACGUAUCAUUCAUUGGAGUAGCAUUGUGUUUUAUUGGAUCGUUUUUAGGGGCAUUGGGGGAUAAAUAUAUUCAUGAUAGUUAUAAUAUUGAUAGCAGUAAAUUAUUUGCAACUAAAAAAAAGACACUGUGGAUAAUUGGAAUAUUACUAACUAUAGUGGUCGAUCCAGUUUUUACAAUCAUUGCAUUAUAUUUUACUUCCGCAGCAGUUGUUGCUCCAUUUGCGGGUGUGCAUAUUUUAUGGAAUUUAAUAAUAACAAAUGUUUCAUUAAAAAUACAAAUUAAAUUACAUCAAUAUAUGGGAACAUUUUUUUUAAUAUGUGGUAUAACUUUAAUUAUUACAUUUUCAGAAAAAAAUGUUGAUAUUCUUAAUAUGAAUGAUUUAAUUAAUAUAUACAUACAACCAAUUGUGAUCAUAUAUAUUUUGUCAGUUUUUUUUAUAAUAAUUAUAUUGUUAAUUAUAUGUAUAACCCCAUUAAUUUGUAAUAUUAUACAUAAAAAGAAAAAAAACACAAAUAUUGGUGCCAUCAGCAUAAAUAAAAACUUUAAUAAUAGUAUUAGAGAUAUACAAAUUUAUAAUAAUAAAAAAUAUAUUAAAGAUUAUAAUGGAAUAUCAAAAAAUUACAACAAAAACAUAGACCGAAAUAAAAAUAAAAAAUUAAUUGACGUUAUGAAGAAUAAUAUUAACGAUCAUAUUGAAGAAGGUACUAUAUCCCCUAGCAAUAAUGAAAAUUGCUCUUCAUAUAAUCAUACUUAUAAUAGUAACAAUUUAUAUAACAACACUUUUGAGCAUUCCUCAGAAUAUCUAUUCCCCAUUUAUAGUAAUACUAUUUCUAAUACUAAAGGUGAACGAAGCAAUAAAAAUAUACACAAAAUAUAUAAUUAUAAUUAUAAAAAAAAUAGUAGUAAUAGACUAUCGAGAAAAGAACAAUAUUCCUUAAACCGAUCAAAAAAGCUGAGACUAAAUCGUUUGUUAAAAAAAAGACAAAGAAAAUGUAACAGCGGAAAUACUAAAAGGUCCCGAUCACAAAAAUAUAAAAUGCUUAAUAAUAAAAAAAAACAAACAAACUCCGAAAAAAUAAAUAGUAAAAAUGACAAAAAUGAAAGAUACAUGUAUCAUACCAAAUGUAAAAACAAUGGAACUAGUCAAAGUAAAACCGAUUUUACAACAAUGCAAACUUAUAGACAUACCAUAAAAAGUUACAAAAAAAGUGAAGAAAUAUGUUAUGAAUAUGCACACACACCAUUUUUAUCAUUCUAUUCAAGCCAAAGAAGUAUUUUAGAUUAUGAUAAAAAAAAUAAUAAAACACAUUCCGUUUAUUACCGAAUAUGUUGUUGUACAUUAUGUGGAAUGUCAGGAGGAUUAGUAAAUAUAUUUUCUGAACACAUAAUAACAAUUUUUUCACGUGAAAAGUUUUAUAUAUUUCAACACUCUUUCACAUACCUUAUUACAAUUUUAACACUAUUUUGUUUAUGUAAUCAACUCAUUUUUUUAAAUGUUUCACUAUCAAAGUUUACUGUCACAUCUGUUAUCCCUUUAAUUAUGUCGAAUAUUGUUUUCUUUAAUAGUUUAACUACUAUUAUAAUGCAAAUAAAUGAGUCGAGAAUGGAUAUUAAUAGUGUUUUAUUUUUUUCUUUAGGAGUUUUUUUAGUCAUAAUAGGGAUAGUAUAUUUGCAAUAUAACAUAAACCAAGUAAUACUCAAAUAUUUCAAGGAAAAAAGGAAAUAA